CUCAUUCAAAGAGACUAUGGCUCGCUCCUUGUGUUUCAUGGCAUUUGCAGUGUUGGCAAUGAUGCUUUUUGUUGCCUAUGAGGUGCAAGCUAGAGAAUGCAAAACAGAAAGCAAUACAUUCCCUGGAUUAUGCAUUACCAAACCACCAUGCAGAAAAGCUUGUAUCAGUGAGGGAUUUACUGAUGGUCAUUGUAGCAAAAUCCUCAGAAGGUGCCUAUGCACUAAGCCAUGUGUGUUUGAUGAGAAGAUGAUCAAAACAGGAGCUGAAACUUUGGCGGAGGAAGCAAAAACUUUGGCUGCAGCUUUGUUCGAAGAAGAGAUAAUGAAUAACUAACUAGAUAUUAGA